GAGAAAGCAUUUGACUUUUUCGUCAGGAAUUCCCAAAUUCAAUUGUAAAUAUGAGUUGUUACAGGAUUAAAAAAUUUUGCCAAAUGAGAAAAUUUUUUGGAUACAAAUUAUUGCUUUCUUGCUCACUCUGUGUUCUAUAGUUUUUAUACUUCCCUCUCUUUUGUCAAACCUAAUUCUUGAUGGUUGAUUGAAUUGAGUUAUCAUAUCAUCUCUAUAAUAUAUCAGACUCAUAGAACAAAUACUAGCACCCACAUCCCAAGGAACAUGAAAUUUCUAACAGAAGAACUUACCCUUACAGAAGUUUUUACCCUCACAGUUUCAGCUUUCAGCUUGUCUUUGGUUUGUCUUCACUUGUAAGGCAUGAAAUUAAUCUUUAGCUUGCCCAUUAAAUUUGAAUUCGCAAAAAGUUAAAUUAAGUCGAGUAACAAAUGAAUCAAUAUAGAAUUCAGAAGAUUUCCAGAAUUCAGUUGUUGCUUAAGUCAGUUUUUUAUUUUCUUUUCUUUAGUCCAAAAAUUGCUGAUUUUUCUAAUAUUUAUAUCUUUUUAUUGUGACAUACAAUUGAAAGUUUCACAAGCAAUCAAAAGAUUAUUAAGAAAAUGGAAGAAAUAAAUUAGUUGGAAAUUAUGUUAUUGAUUGAAUUUAGCUAAUUGUCUCAGCUUCUUAGUCCCACAUAUUCUUCAACGACAUGUCUAAGCAAUAUCCAAUCUCUAUGAGGAAAUCAAAUGGCUCAUCUCUUUAGCAGACGUUGCAUAAUGGAUAUGAAUCCUCACUACCCAACAUUUUGUUGAUUAGUGACAAGGCAAGACCAUGUGAAAUACCCAUAAGCUUCCAAGUUCUUGUGCUUAGGAUAUUACAGCUUUCUUCUAAAAAAUAUAGAAAAAAAACACAAACCUACAUUAUCACUGAAGACAUUACAAUAUAUUUUAAUUAAAAUACAGUUAUCACCUAUAAUGUUUUUGGCAAAAAAUAAAGUUUUUAGUUUACAAGAGGAGACAAUGGAUCCCAUAUUCAUGUGAAGUACAACAAGGUUAUUGUGAAAUUCAAUUAAUUGUACUACAUAGAGGACCCAUGGAAGGCCUGUUCCUGGUUGCAACAAGCUCUCACAGAUGGACCAGAGAAAAGGUGGGGUGAGGUUUUGAUGACUAGUCAUGGUAGCCUGGUAUGACAUCUUUCAUGCACUCUUCAUUGGGGUUUGUCUCCCAAUUGCAUGCCCAAGAGCCACAAAUGACAUCCUGCAUAAAUUUUAUAAUACAAAAAGAAAAAAGAAAAUCAGGAUAUAACAAGAUUUCCUGUCAGCCUCUCCUUAAUUUUCCUGACAAGGAAUUGCUAUACAGGACCAUGUGAUCCUUGGGUUACAUAUGUCUCCUGCUAAUUAAACUCCACCAAGAGGCCUCCUCACCAUUCAUAUAUAGUAUCAGAUCUUCUCACAUAUCCCUGGCAUCUAUAUAUACACAUACAUCAACAUUCAAACCCACACCCAACCCGAGUUCUCAAGUCAUCACAUCAUCUACUUGCAAACCAAGCUUUCCCUUCUUCUUCUUUAUCAUUUUUGCUAUUUUUCAACUCCUAGAGAGUUAAAAUAAACAAAUACCAAUGGCUAUUCGCUUUCCUGCUAUUACACAUGCUAAGCAGCUUCUUCGUCGAUCAAACUUGCUUCCAAAUCAAUCUGCUUCUAAUUUUAAAGAUGUGCCAAAAGGCCACUUGGCAGUAUAUGUUGGAGAAGGCCAAAAGAAGAGAUUCAUAGUUUCGGUAGCAUUGUUGAAUAAGCCUUCAUUUCAAGAAUUGCUAAGGAAGGCUGAAGAAGAAUUUGGGUUCAAUCAUCCAAUGGGCGCUAUCACAAUUCCCUGCAGAGAAGACAUCUUUAUUGAUCUUACUUCAUGUUAGACUUGAAAAUCAUCAAACAAUUUUGUACAUUGUACACCUGAUCCUUUUUUUCCCCCUAUGAGAUAUAAAGAUAAUUAUAGUCCUCUUACUCAACAGUGCUUGCUAUUCUAUGAUCAUUUCCAGAAUAAGGGUAGCUUUUCUCUGAUUAUUUUGCUCUACUUUCUACCUAGCAACUUAAUGAUUAGAACCCAUGAAUGCUGAACUAACAGAUUUAACUGAACUUUCAAUGAGCAACUAAAAACUAGAAACUAUGCUCCAGCUGGUCAUUAUUUUACAGGUUGUUCUUCUUGAAACAGCUGGUCACUUAAAUAAUCUGUAGCUCAUCAGUCACAAGUAGUCUUUGCAGGUUGUUCUUCUUGAAACAGCCGGUCAUUAUUUUACUAAGUCCAACAAAAUGGCUUCACUAAUCACUUUUUUGAUACUUCAACUCAGAAUUCAGGACAAUUCAUGAGGUGCAGUUGGAUUUGGAAAAAAUUAUGUAAUGUUAAUGGAUUAUACGAAUCAUGAUUCCCUCUUUUUCUCUGUU